CAUGUUCCCAUUCACCCAAUCAUCGAAAUUCGAAUCUGUGCCGUGGUCACAGGCCAUAUAAUUCCUGUGGACAUCAUAACUGUGCAGACACAUGUAAUAAUCACGGAAUCCGCGAAAUAAACUGCCACACAAUACCAUACAAUAAAUGUAACAGUCAGUACAUCAGUGCCAUACCACGCAGUGAGUCAUGCAACUCGAACUGUGGUCACAUAUGCCACGCAUCAGGGACUUGCACGCCUACGCCAUCAGAAUCAUGCAACUGUAGUGCCGUCUCCAGUCCAUGCAGGUCAUCGACUUACGCCAGUCUGCAACACACUUGUAGAAGUCCCAGUCCUUACCAGGAUGCAGAUGGAUUCGAGUCCCAGUACCACACACCCGUUGGGUCGCCGCGUCCAGUCAAAUCUAUCCGACCCGCCCGAGUUACUGAGAACAAGGACGGGCGGAUCAACUAUUAUCCUAACUGUGAUCCUACAAUCUUGGCUCCGAUCGUGCGAGAAGGAGAUCCUCCAGCCUCUCUCUGGAACCAAAUCAGGUGUUAUCCCCACGUGGCUCAAGGGGUGUCUGAUCAGGAAUGGGCCAGGCAGGAUCAAGGUCGGGGAACAGCAGUACAACCACGUGUUCGACGGCUCGGCUUUGCUUCACAGAUUCCACUUCCACAAGGGCGAAAUCACCUAUCAGAACAAAUUCCUCGAGAGCCGGAGUUACCUGCGAGAUACAAAAGCCCAGAGGAUUGUGGUCAACUACUUCGGCACGAGAGCUCAUCCUGAUCCUUGCAAGACUAUCCUUCAGAACGUGGCGAGUAAAUUCAGCUUCGAGGAACACUUCACAGACAACGCCCAGAUCAGUCUCUACCCAUACGGCGAUGGUCUCUACGCCCUCACCGAGACGCCCUUCAUCUUCCGCGUGGAUCCUGAGACUCUUAACACCCACGAGAAGGUCAACCUAACGCACCACAUCGCAGUCUUGACUCAUACGGCGCAUCCUCACGUGGACAGGGACGGCACCGUGUAUAACAUCGGCCAAGGUGUAGGACCUUUGGGACCAAAAUAUCACGUGUGCAAAUUUCCGAAACCAAAGGCCGAUCGCAAAGGGAAGGUUAAGAGCCCCUUUGACCAAGCGCACAUCGUCGGGUCUGUGAACGCGAGGUGGAGGUUAAACCCGUGUUACAUGCACUCGUUUGCCAUGACCCCUAAUUACUGGGUGAUAAUUGAACAGCCGAUGGUCGUGUCCGUGUCCAAGAUUAUCAAGGUCAUACUCAAGCAGGACGCCCUUAUUGAUGCCCUGCAGUGGUGGGAAAAGGAGACCAAGAUCCACGUUUUGCGUCGAGACACGGGCGAAGUGACGACGACCCAAUACGUCACGGAAACGUUUUUCUUCCUGCAUACCAUUAACGCUUACGAAGACCACGGUCACAUUGUACUCGACAUCGCUGCUUACAAAAACGCCGACAUGCUCAACUGUAUGUUCGUGGAGGCCCUGAAGAACGCCGCCUACGACCCAACAUACGCCCAGAUGUUCCGCGGGCGUCCCAAGCGAUGGGUAUUGCCCCUGAACCCUGACAAGGAUGCCAAACCUGGUGCCAACCUCGUCACGCUGCCCAACACCAACUGCCGAGGACGGUGGGCGAAGAAGAACGUUGUUUACAUCACGCCUGAGCUGCUUUCUGACAUCGGUUGCGAGGUGCCGAGAAUAUACUAUGAGGAGUACAACGGACGUCCUUAUCGGUAUUUCUACUCGAUCUGUAGCGACGUGGAUCACCCCAGUCCCGGCACACUGGUGAAGGUAGACGUGGUUAACAAGACACAUGUAGAGUGGAGUGAAGACAACGUGUAUCCAUCUGAGCCGAUUUUCGUCCCACAUCCUGAAGCGAAGCGCGAGGAUGACGGUGUUGUCUUAGCAGCCUUUAUUAAGAGCAAGGGACUGGACGACCAAGUGUGCAUGUUGGUCCUAGACGCCACCACCUUCACGGAGCUUGGGCGAGUGGAAUUCGUGGCGUCGGGUCCUGUGCCUAAGUGCCUACACGGGUGGUUCGUGCAGGACGGCACCCUCAGAGUCCAUAAGGAUACGAAUGGCUCUCAUGAUGAUGACGCAGAUCCUCAGAUAUAGGAUGCCGGCAAAGGAAAGACUGUUAUAAGAAGCCAUGACGUUAGAAAGACGACGUUUUCGUCAUGGUUAUGACGUGGAUAAAAGCGCAGGAAAAAUGACAGAAGGAGUCAAGGACACGAAGAUGCAAGGCGGAAGGUUUGUGAAUGCAGAUUUCCUCGCAAUGUUCAAGUGGAAGGGACACGUGUCCAUAAAGUAAUGUAUACACAUUCCACUUCUGAAUGUCUUUUGUAACUUUGUGUAUAAAAUAACGGAUUGCUUAGCAUCCUUAUACACAUCCUCAUGUAGGUAGAUUAUGAAUACCAAUGAUAUAUAUAUAUAUA